AUGCUAAUCACUUUUGUUUUAGAUAUUAAUGAAUAUGAUGGCGGUGGCUGUGAACAAACAUGUAAUAAUUUAAUGGGUUCUUUGAAAUAUAUUUGUGAUCCAGGAAAUAUAUUAGAUUUAAAAAUGCACUUAUGGCAGGUUGGGAUCAUAUCUUGGCAUUGUUUUCAUUUAGUAAUUUUAAGAUUAAAGAAAAUAAUAGUUUUACACCAAACACAUAUCAAAUCACCAAUAAAAGAAUUUAUAGAAUUUAAACCAUCAUCCUCUUCUAGCUCUGACAACGAAAAACUCUCUAAAAUUAUAUCUGGCCAAUUUAAUUUUUUUAAAAAUCAAUAUAAAUUAUUAAUUGUAAUAGAAGAUACAAUCACAAUUGUGCAAUAUCAGCAAAAAUCAAACAAGACAUUCGAAAAGGUAAUGGGUUUGCCAAUAAUAGAUGAUAACUGUCCUGCUUCCAAGCUCCAGUUCAACGUUCAUGAAUUAUACUAUUAUUAG